UCCAAAGAGCUAGGCGAGGGGCCCGUGUCCCAAAAUGGGGAAAGGCCCACGGGCCCCUGGACGGCAGCGUCUGUCAGGAUGUGACGGCGGUCAGCACUAGGUCCAGCCCUAGAACCGAGCGGACGGCGCUCUUUCCUCUAGGCAGUGAUAGCUUAAGAAUUGCCUACAUCCUUCGAAGAUUAGCACAAAAUGAGCAAGAAAUCCCGGGGAUCAGUGUCAUUUAAGGAUGUGACUGUAGACUUCACCCAGGAGGAGUGGCAGCACCUAGACCCGAAGCAGAAGUCUCUGUACAGAGACGUGAUGCUGGAGAACUACAGCCACCUGGUCGCCGUGGGGUAUUGUGUGACAAAGCCAGAGUUGAUCGUCAGACUGGAGCAAGCAAAAGAGCCAUGGAUAUUGAAGGAAGAAUUCCCAAGGCCAAGUUUCCAGGAAUUUUGGAAAACUGCUCACCGGAAGGAAAGGAACCAACCUAAACAUUUAUGGGGAGUUGUAUUCAUCAAUAACACAAAGCUGACUAAAGAACAAGGUAAUGUGAUAGGGAGAUCAUUUAACUUGGACAUAAAUUCUUUUCCUUCAAGGAAAGUUCUGUGUCAUUAUGACUCACAUGGAAUGAGUUUCAACAAUAUUUCAGAAUUGGUAUUUAGCAGAAAAAACUCCUUAGGAAAAAAGCCUGAUGAAUUUAAUGCCUGUGGAAAAUUGCUACUCAAAAUUAAACAUGAGAAAAUGCAUACUAGAGAGAAAAGUGAAUGUUUAAAACACAGGACUUCUUUUAGUCAUCAGGAGGAUCCCAUUCAGCAUGAAGACACUGAAACUUUAGACAGAACACUUGUGUACAAUGAAUGUCAGGAAACCUUCCUUAAAAAGACAGUAUUCAGCACACCUAAGAAAGAGAACACAGAAGAGAAUGACUGUGAACACAGUGCGUGCGGGAGAACUUUCUGUGAUGGCUCGUCCCUCUUAUUUCCUGAGGUAUAUCCCUCAAAAGAGAAUCGCUGUGAGUUCAACGAGGAUGUGAAAUCCUUCUGUGGAACAUCCGCCCCUUUCAAACAUGAUGGGAUACAUACAAGAUGUAAUGAAAGUGGGAAUGACCUCAGGAGGAAGUUAUGUCUCUCCCAACUUCAGAGAAUUCAUAAAGGAGAGAAGCACUUUGAAUGCAAUGAAUGUGGGAAAGCUUUCUGGGAGAAAUCACACCUCACUCGACAUCACAGGGUGCACACAGGAGAGAAACGCUUCCAAUGUAAUGAGUGUGGUAAAGCUUUCUGGGAGAAGUCAAACCUCAUUAAACAUCAUAGAUCACAUACUGGGGAGAAACCCUAUGAAUGCAGUCACUGCGGGAAAGCCUUUGGCCAUAAAUCGGCCCUUACUUUACACCAGAGAACACAUACAGGGGAGAAACCCUAUCAGUGUGCUGCGUGUGGGAAAACUUUUUACCAGAAAUCAGACCUCACCAAGCAUCAGAGAACACACACAGGGCUAAAACCCUAUGAAUGUUAUGAAUGUGGGAAGUCCUUUUGUAUGAAUUCACACCUGACUGUCCACCAGAGAACACACACAGGUGAGAAACCCUUUGAAUGUCCAGAAUGUGGGAAAUCCUUUUGUCAAAAGUCACAUCUUACACAGCAUCAGAGAACUCACAUAGGGGAUAAGCCCUAUGCAUGUAGUACAUGUGGGAAAACUUUCUACCACAAAUCAGUGCUCACCAGGCAUCAGGUAAUUCAUACCGGAUUGAAACCUUAUAAAUGUUACGAAUGUGGGAAAACCUUCUGCUUAAAGUCGGACCUCACAGUACAUCAGAGAACUCACACAGGGGAGAAACCCUUUGCGUGUCCUGAAUGUGGGAAAUUCUUCAGCCAUCAGUCAACUCUCUCUCAACAUUAUAGAACACACACUGGAGAGAGACCCUAUGAAUGUCAGGAAUGUGGAAAAAUCUUUUACAAUAAAUCAUACCUAACUAAGCAUAAUAGGACACACACGGGGGAGAAACCCUAUGAAUGCAGUGAAUGUGGGAAAACUUUCUGCCAGAAAUCACAGCUCACUCAGCACCAGAGAAUUCACAUAGGGGAGAAACCCUAUGAAUGCAGUGAAUGUGGAAAAGCUUUCUGCCAUAAGUCAACUCUAAUCGUGCAUCAGAGAACCCACACAGAGGAAAAGCCCUAUAAAUGCAAUGAAUGUGGAAAAUCUUUCUGUGUGAAGUCAGGACUUGUUUUACAUCAGAGGAAACACACAGGGGAGAAACCUUACGAAUGUAAUGAAUGUGGGAAAUCCUUCAGUCACAAAUCAUCCCUCACAGUACAUCACAGGGCUCACACAGGAGAAAAAUCCUGUCAGUGUAAUGAAUGUGGGAAAGUCUUUUACCGUAAAUCAGACCUUGCUAAACAUCAGAGAUCACACACAGGGGAGAAGCCUUACGAAUGUAGCAUAUGCAGAAAAACUUUCUCUCAAAAGUCAAACCUUAUUGUACAUCAGAGGACACACACGGUAGAAAGGUCUUAUGUACGGACUGAGUAUUAGUUGUGUUUCGCCACCAGUCAGCCACUUUAUUACACUUCAGCAUAUUCAUGCUAUGGAAACGUCUGUUGACAUCCUGGGUAUCCACAAUGCUGUGCUGUAGAGUGGUGACAGGAUAAACCUACAGUCUGUGGUAUGUGUUAAUUUCUGAGAGGGUCAUAGAAGAAAUAUCUGCCUUCAGAUUGAGAUGGCACAAAUAGUCCAAAGAAUAACUUGGACAAGUGCAGUUUGACACUUCUAGAUUAUUUACAAAGUGGGGGAUGACCUGCAGGCUGCAGCACUACCAAAGCUGCCAUCCCUGCGUUAUUAAACUAUUGGUUUUAUAGGACUCUAAGGUAAACAGGAAGAAGUAGAAGCAAGUGAUAAGUGUCCUUGGGCCGAGUUAUCUGUGCUGUGUCACACCCAUCUUUAUUGGGAAUUUCACUGGUCUCAGUAAGUACUGACAGCCACAGUGCUGGGUGACUUUGCUAUGCUUCAGCCUAGCAUACAGCCUCAGCCCCUGCCAAGGGCCCAUUGGAAAGGCAAAUAGUGGCCUGCUGCAGGAUAGAGAUACUGUGCUAGGGUUUGGAAGACUUUCCCCCUAUCUCCAUCCAUUCCUCUGGCUCUUACAGUCUCGUGAACUUGGCAGGAGAGAUAUCAGGCUUAACUGAAGGCUGAACACCAGGCUGUUAUGUCACACCAACAGUCCAGAUUACAACAAUGCACUCACUCCCAGAACAACACAAACACGAGUAUCUGCUUGUAAGUGGCUUAAAGCAUCUGUUACAUUAGCCUUAUUAUCUGGCAUACAAGCACAGCAUGUGGUGCCUCCAUGGGCAGCAGUCAGUGUGUUCAAGGUCAUCCUGUAUAGAAAUUCCACCAUCAGCAUUAAUGUCUGCACAAGCACUUGCUGGUGUCCCUUUCCCAUCGUGCCGUCCAUAGGUCCAGACCUCAGAAGACCACGCAUCAGUCUAUGCAGUCAGAGGCCAUUGUUCAUGAAUGACCACCAUUCAUUCUGCUGUCAGAAUUUCCCUUUCCCAAACGGUGUCUAGAUCUCUGUCAGAGCUGCUGUCCAUUUUUGUGCCUAGUUUUGUGCCUCCACUGGUGCCGCUGGUGUAGUAAGUGCCUUCAAGAAUGGGCAGUGUCCUUUCUGACCCCCUUAUCUAGCCUCACUGUUGGUUCAGUUACAUGACACAGUUCCAUAGCUUUAAGGGAUACUAGCCCCAGUAUUGCCUGCAUGGCAUUUGUCACAGGGCUAGCAGAUAGGACUGCACACUGCCCAAGUAUGCAGGCCAUUUUCAUAAAUUCUUAUGCCCCUUUAGAAAGGGAUUGACCAUCAGGCCUCUAUUCCCAGCCCUUCAUUGGAUAUGCUGUCUUGAGUGUCACUGAACAGAUCCAGUGAUGGAUUUCACCUGCUUUAGGGCUUUCCAUGUGGCCAGCGGUUGCUGCUCCAAUGUUAUAUACUAUGUCCAGCUUCUGCCUCUUUUCAUGACUAGGGCAGAAUCCUGCUGGAACUGUCUGUUCAGAUUGCCAUGACCCCCAGUUGAAGCUCUCAGGGCGCCUGGUAACCUCUAGAACAUACAGGCGUUGGAUUACUGGGAUGUGUAACCAUUCAGCCUACCUCACAAGUGUCUUAGCAUGCUCAGAAUCCUCUUGAGCCCUUUUUUCCCAAUUCCAUGUGGUCACCUUUGUUUAGAGUUAUGUAAUGGGCUGGCAAAUUGAGCCAGGUGGGAUAUAAACUAUGUUAAUAUUCCAGGCUUCCUAGAAACACCAGGAGUUGCUUUUCACCCAUUGGUGCAGUCUGUUUUAUGAGGUUAACCCACGGAGGCCAGGCCCUCUAUCACCCCCAGUUCUAACACCUUAACAGGUUUAUCCCAGCUCUCUUUUUCUUGUGUUUGCUUGACAUAGGGUUGUGAUUGGAUCUCAGCCUCUGCUGCUGUGGAAGAGAAGCCAACCUAGGGCUUCUGUGAUCUUAUACAGCUCCCCCCAUCACAUUGCAUUUGCAUUGUCACUAGAAAAUAACAUUUUUCAUAAUUCUUUGGAAUACUUUCAAACCAUCCUCAUACUCAUACACAAGACAUCUAUAAUAGUCCUCAGCUCUCUCCACAUGGAAGCAGAUGAUCAUCCAGGAUGUCCCUUUGGCAGAUAUCUGUGUCAGUAGCAUGUCCCACCACCCAUCACUGGAGCCUUGAAACAUUGCACACCGCUCUGUUGCAGUCCCAUCCCAUGUGGGCCCUCUGAGAUUGUCGCAUAUUCCCUAGUCUACCGCAUGUGGAUUAGACUCAUGUAGGAGGUGUGCCACCCCAUAUAUAUGCAAAGGAUGGCUACCCUGGCAUUUCCCCCAUGGGGACUCAUCCCUGACUCAUCUUUGGGUCUACUGGAUCAGGCUUCAGAUGUUGCCUGAAUUGCCCAGAGCAGUGUAAAAGAAACAUUUGCUGAUGAAGUAACAGGGCACUAAUGAUCCAAAGAAUGACUUGGACAAGUUCAGUUUUGCAAUCAAGUGGGUUUCUUGUGGCUUUCUUACAGAGCAGUGGACAGCUUACAGGCUGCAGCAUUACUAAAGGUGCACACAAACUCUUCGCUAAGCUCUUGGUUUUAUAGAACUGUAAGGUAAACAGGAAAAAGUAGAAGCAAGGGACAAAUGUCGUUGGGAAAAGUUAUUUGUAUCUUACUGCCACCCACCAUUGUUGGGAGCCCCACGGGCCUCAGCAUGCAAUGUCAAGCCACAGUGCUGAGUGACCUUGCUUGCUGCAGUCUGCACACAGCCCCACCUCCUAGUGAGAGCCCUCUGGACAGCUAAACAGUGGCCACUACAAGACCAUGUUGCUGUGGCUGGGGUUUGGACAAGUGUUCGCCCUACAAGUAGAGGACAUCCUUUGUUAAGACUGACUAAGAUAUGAAGAGCUGGGUGUGGUAGUGCCUGCCUGUAAUCCCUGCAGUUGAGAGGGCUGAGGCAGGAGGAUUGUGGCGAAUUCAAGGCCAGCCUGAACUACAUAGUGAGAUCCUGUCUCAGGAAAGUAUGUUUUAUAGGUGCUUUCAAUUGUUUUUAUGAAAAAUACACACUAGAUUAUUACAGAAUUUAUAUUGAGAAAUGUAUCCGCCCAUUAACUAUAAAGUGAAAACUUUAAUUAGAAAUAAUGUAUUAUUACAAAUCGUCUUUUGAAUUCGAUGCCAUGAUUGUCUUUGGAAAUAUAAAUAGAAUUCUAUAGUUCUAUGUUCUGGAAUGUAAAACCUUAAUAGUAAAAGUAUAGAGUAAAAGUAACUACAAAGUAAAAGUAUAGAGUAAGUAUAGGGCCAAGUAAUAUCCCUUGAAUAAGAAUGUUACAUACCAUUCUGUACUCUGAAGUACACCAAAUUGAUGUCAUAGUACUCGAAUGUUUAUUCAGACAUCACCAUAUUUUACAUGUGUCCUGUCUUUUUGGUGUAAUUCUUAUCAAGUUUUAUUGCUUGAAGAUUUGAGUGACUGGGCCGGGGAUUUAGCUUAGUAGUUUAAGUGUGCGCUUGGUAAGCAAGAGGUUGUUAGUUUGAUUCCCGGUACCAAAAACCAAAAAAACCCCAAAAAACAAAAAACAAAAAAUUAAAUAAUUAUCAGCAAAGAUAAUUAAGUUACAGAAUAGUAAGCAAUCUUGAGUCUCGGUUGCAUCAGGAUUAUGUUUCUUGUCUUAAACAUAUUCUUUCUGUAACCCUAACCCUGAGAACUAUUUGAACAGGGAGCUUUUCUAAUGCAUAGGUAAUUGAAUAACCUGGACGAGAACAUUCAGUGCAUGUGGGAAAUACCCCUAACAUGCACAUAUGUGUACUCACAUGGUAGGUUAUGUAAAGUGUGAAUGAGCUUUAUGUGCACAUUGGAACGAAACAUCAUGGUGAAUGGGAAAUAGGUAUCCUUAGAUGAACAGCUUUCACAAUAUGAGGUUCAUCUUCAAUAUUUGGAAGAGCUAGAAUAACUGGCCUUCUUUUAGGAGGCCAUCUUACUUUUUUCAUUGUUGAGACAAAAUGCCUAAUACCCACAACUUAAAGAAGGAAAAAUUUAUUUUGACUCACAGUUUGUAGAGGUUUCAGUCCACAGUUGGCUGGCUCCAAGACCUGGUAGAAUAGUAGAGGACUAUUGUAGAGGAGAAACAGUCCACGGAAGCACAAGCAGGAGGCAGCAGGAACCAGCCUUCCUUUUUUUUUUUUUUUUUUGCCUUUUUCCUUUUUCCUUUUUAUCGGUACCAGGGAUCGAACUCACAACUGCCUGCUUGCAAGGCAGGCGCUUAUGCCGCUGAGCUAAAUCCCCAGCCCCCAGCCCCCAGCCUUUUCUUUGCAUUCGUUUGUAUUCCAUCCAGGUUACAAGCCUAUUGAUUGGUGCCACCCACACUCAGGGUGAGGCUUCCAUUAUUCACAGAACUGUGCUAAACCACUUUAGUUAUCAUGCACCCUUAAUCCCAGCAUUACACACUCACGAUCCAUCCACCUCACAAAAACCCCCAGUAUGAGCACAUGAGGCUUUGGGUCCAUACAGAGGUCUAGAGAGGUAAUACCUAACCAUUCAUAAGUUAUAAAUCAAAAUAAAAGUAAAACAGAUGCAGUAAAUAUUGGUUCCAACCAUAGAAAGCACUGACCAUUUUAUAGUCGUCUAGCUGCAAUACAUGUUGUGGAAAAGCACUUUGGGGUUACCAUGCAUGAAAUAAAUCUGUAUACUUUUAACUUUACAAACUCGAGUUACAAGUCAAGACGCAUACCAUGUGGACUCCUUGUAUGUAAGUUAUUCUUAGAAAAGAGCAGACAGUUAAGUUGUUUUAAGUUAUUUACUCUUGUCAAAGAAAGAUCCUAGAGUUGGUGUGCUUGAAAUGGAGAAAGUAAUGGCCAUUGCAUUGUACUUUCAUUUGCAUCUUUUUUGCAUUGUUUCUGGAGCAUUUGUUACAAAAACUUUGUCCAGGAAUGUUUUGUUGCUUUAGCUGAUGGAACGUGGGUCACCGUACUCUGACUUUGAGCCCAUUGCUUGAGUUCUAACAAGCAAAUAGUGACAGUGGCAUAUGACAAAAAGCACCUCACUGCAAAGAGCAUCCAUCUGUAUUAACAUUGCUAGAUUACAACUGCUUGCUUAGUCUUCCGUAACACUACUGGUGCAGUGUAAGGUAACCCUUGGCUAGCAAGUAAUAAGCAAGACAAGAAGAAGGACAGGACAUCUGUAUCCAACUUUCCUGUACAAUAGCAAGACAACAGCAAAAAUUCAGGUUGUCACCACAAUUUUCCUUAGAUAGAAGAGAUCCCACUUCAUACUUUGAAAAUAGUAAAUAAGACCAGGAAUGGACUAGUUCAUUCUGAACUAGGUAACAGAGUGGUGAUAUAAACCAGACUUAUUUUGCCUAACUUUUGCCGGUUCACUGAGCUCCAGACUGAGACUGAGGUCGGUUUGUACUUCACAGAAGGGACUGGGAUCCUCCAGCUCUGGCCUUCGUUGUCCCCUGUAGCCCACUGCUGCCCUUCAGACCUGUCUCAGCGUUUUAGGAGUUUCCCUUUCUGAAAAGGAAGAUCAUCAUUCCUGUUAUGAGGGUUCACAUGUACUCUGCUUCCUCCUGCCUGAGAAUCACAUCUCUAACCUUUCUAGACCUGGAAACUGGUUCUAUCAAAUAGUGAGUUUUUAUAGAAAAGCAGAGAAUGAAUCAAACUCUUGGUCUCCUGUUUGGAGGCUGGAAGCAUUCACCCUGGAAAGAGGCUGAAUGUGCUGGUGGCCCCAGUGGACAUGGGCUGCUGCAGUUGACAUAUUAAGAGAUGCAUGAAUUCUGGGAAAAGCUGAGGGCACAGUGCUUGGGUCUAGUAUCCAAGUCCUGCAAAAGAACACCUGCACUGCUGGCCUACACCAGUGCCACUACCUCCAGCCAGCUCAGCUCUCCCCUGUACCAGCUAACUCUGCUCCUCAGGGUUGAAGUUGUCUGUCAUGGCCACCCACACACCAAGCUACUGUAUGUACCCUCUGCAGUCCCUGUGACUGCAGCCCAGGACAUCAGCCUCUGUCUCACAACAGUCCCCUUCACUGCCACGCAGAGGUGCUCGUUGUUGCAGAUCCAGACUGGUGACAAGGGGCCUCUUGCAAGUGCACUCUGUAUUUGCACGUACUAUAGUCACCAUGCUUCCAGGUCUGCAGGCCAAGUCACAUCUGCUUGGCAGCUUACAAUCACCUGCCUUGAUCUCGGCAGCACUUGGAUUAUCCCAGUGCCCCUGCGGUGAAGGAAAGGUGAGCUUUUUGUUUUCCUUUGCAGCAUCAGUUUGGACAGAUGUUGGGCUUCCCAUCAGCUAGUUUAUGUGCACCUCCCUGAUCCUGUAAAAAAGGUGCCCCUAUAUAGGACUAGGUACAAAGUUCAACAACUGUUGAAUCUGCAAAUUUUAGAAUUGCAAAAGCCCAAAGUGAGAUAUUUACCCACUAAAACAUCACUUAGGUGAUGGAGAAAGGUAUAUACACUCCUACAUGGUAUAUACUAGAGUGACUUACUCAAGGGGCAUCUAGUUAGCCAAAUGUCACCUCCUUCUGUAUGUGCGGGGUGCCUGGAAGCUGUACUUUGAUGGAGGAAGGCAAGGGAGAGGCUCCUAGAACAAAAUGAUUGCAGCAGCUGCUAGACUCAGUCCAGAGGCUUUCCCUGUCACUGGAUGCUAGCCAUUAGAAGCCACCUUGCUAGGUGAGUUACCAAGUGACAAUUCGGGUCACUUGCCCUGUGACAGGCCACCUAAGUCUAAAGACAAAGUGUUGAAACAAGGAAGGCAACUUUAUUCCAAAAUCUGGCUGGAGAAAAUAAACUUACCACAAGGUCCAUCUUGUCCAGUCCGACUUUGGAGUGGUUUAUACAGGUGAUUGAGUGUUCCCAGACUGGUGGGCUGGCCUAUUAUAGUGAAAGGGCCACGUGAUAUGUACCUGAUCCUUACUGCAUACUGAGCCAGUGCUUUUCAGUUUCUCCAGAUUGCAAAAGCAAAGAUUCCUUAAUCUGUUACAAAUCAGUCAUUAUUUCCUAUCACCGAUUAAUUCUGUUAAUACACAAGGACCAGCUAGAAGCGAGGAGGUAGUUUCUGUGAAGUUUUGCUGAUUGCCAAACUCCAGGCAAUGCAUGAAAAUAUCCUUUGCUCUGUUUUAGAAUGAGCUAAUGACUAGAUUUUCAGAUGAGUUAAAUGAAUAGAUUUUGGGGGGCUGAAAAAGUAACAGUACUGUACUGAUGUGUGUAUGUCAUUCAUUUGUCAAAACCCACACAAAGUACGUUGCUAAGAGUAAACCUGAAUGUAAACCAUGUCAGGACCUUACUUAAUAUUGAUGAACAUCUCUUCCCACCCUACACAUCCUAUCAGGAUUGCCUAAGCAGUUGUACUAAUUGUGACACUCCAGACACUGGUCAUACUGCAAAUUGUGGAAAAGUGUGAAGGAUUAUGUGCGAAUUCUGUUUUCUGCUUGACUUUUCUGUAAUCCUAAAACUGCUUUUAAAAAAAUAAAAUAUAUUAAAUAAAUAACCUAA